GAGUAGAAUGAAUAGAAAAUAAAAUAAAAACAGAGUAAAAAUAAUCUCUGAAAUGGUCUAAAUCACCAUAACCUCUCUAUUCAUCCGCAUCCACCAUCAUUCUCAUCUUCCUCUGUUCUCCCAACCCAACACUCACCGUCACAGUUGUUGCUUCUUCCGUCUACACUCCCCACAGACCCAAUGCUAUGCACCACCAACGCACUCGCAUUAUCUUUCUUCUUUCAUUCUUUUCCCUUUUCACGUUGAGAUAAUAAUAAUAAGAUCCGUUCUCGCCUCAGAUGCAGACUCUCCUUCCUUUGUCUUGCAUCAGAGGUUUCCUCUCAUGAAUCUCGCUCUCUCUCUCAUCAAUUUUCUCACCGAUUUCGGAUGUGGCUUCGUUCUCCUCGCCUGUCUCUCUCGCAUUCUCAACAUUCUCGGCAUGCUUUUGAUGUUAACUUUCUGUUACAGGAUUCUUCACUUUGGUUGGCGUUUAAAGGGUACCCUACGUUUCAUUUGUGAUUUUGGUGGCGCACCCAGAAUUCGUUUCUCUUUGGAAAACAUUUUCUUACAAGUUUCUAAAAUAAAGAUUCCAUCUUUGGAAAAUGGGUCUGUCCCAAAUGCCAAUUCUUUGAAUAAAAAGAAUGCCAAUGUUUCCAGAGAGAAAGGGAAAGAUAGUUUGGAAGAUGUGUCGGAAGGAAAAGAUGAUAGUGAAUUGGAGGGUCGAGAUGAGGACACGGUGUUUGAUGUAAAGAAGCUGAGAAAGUUGAUAAAGAUUCAGCGUAAGAAAGCCAAUGUAGCUGUUGCGGAGCUUGAACAGGAACAAACUGCGGCUUCUUCGUCUGCGGAGGAGGCAAUGGCGAUGAUUCAUCGGCUUCAGAAUGAGAAGAGUGCGGCUGAAAUUCAAGCCAACCAAUUCCGUAGAAUGGCUGAGCAGAAGUUAGAGUAUGAUGAUGAGGUGAUUGAGUCUUUGCAAUGGGCGGUCACACGGCAUGAAUCUCAUAGUAGUGUGUUGGAAGAGCAGUUGAGGGUUUAUAGGGAAGAACUCAUGCAAUAUAUUGGGGAGGAUGAGAUAAAACAACUGGAAGCUUCUGUGAGUAUGGAUAGGAUUGUUAAGAAUCGUGAAGCGCGUGAGAAUAAAGCAAUUGAGAUUGAAGCAGUCGAGGAUGAAGUAGUUAGCUCUUCUGAAGAUGAGAAUGAAGCAGUUGAUGAGAAUGAAACGGUCCAGGAUGAAAUAGUUAACUCUUCUGAAGAUGAGAAUGAAGCGGUUGAGAAUGAAGCAGUCGAGGAUGAAGUAGUUAAGUCUUUUGAAGAUAAGAAUGAAGCGGUGGAGAAUGAAGCAGUUGAUGAGAAUGAAGUGAUCGAGAAUAAAGCAGAUAACUCUUCUGAAGAUAAGAAUGAAGCAGUCGAGGAUGAAGUAGUUAACUCUUCUGAAGAUGAGAAUGAAGCGGUUGAGAAUGAAGCAGUUGAUGCGGAUGAAGUGGUCGAGGAUGAAGUAGUUAACUCUUCUGAAGAUAAGAAUGAAGCGGUUGAGAAUGAAGCAAUUGAGAAGAAUGAAGUGAUUGAGAAUAAAGCAGAUAACUCUUCUGAAGAUAAGAAUGAAGCAGUCGAGGAUGAAGUAGUUAACUCUUCUGAAGAUAAGAAUGAAGAGGUUGAGAGUAAAGCAGUUGAUAAGGAUGAAGUGAUCGAGAAUAAAGCAGAUAACUCUUUUGAAGAUAAGAAUGAAGCAGUCGAGGAUGAAGUAGUUAACUCUUCUGAAGAUAAGAAUGAAGAGGUUGAGAAUAAAGCAGUUGAUAAGGAUGAAGUGAUCGAGAAUAAAGCAGAUAACUCUUCUGAAGAUAAGAAUGAAGCAGUCGAGGAUGAAGUAGUUAACUCUUCUGAAGAUAAGAAUGAAGCCGUUGAGAAUGAAGCAAUUGAGAAGAAUGAAGUGAUCGAGAAUAAAGCAGAUAACUCUUCUGAAGAUAAGAAUGAAGCAGUCGAGGAUGAAUUCGUUAACUCUCCUGAAGAUAAGAAUGAAGCGGUUGAGAAUAAAGCAGUUGAUAAGGAUGAAGAGGUCGAGGAUGAAGUAGUUAACUCUUCUGAAGAUAGGAAUGAAGUGGUUGAGAAUGAAGCAGUUGAUAAGAAUGAAGCGGUCGAGGAUGAAGUAGUUAACUCUUCUGAAGAUAGGAAUGAAGCGGUUGAGAAUGAAGCAGUUGAUAAGAAUGAAAUGAUCGAGGAUAAAGUAGAUAACUCUUCUGAAGAUAGGAAUGAAGCGGUUGAGAAUGAAGCAAUUGAUAAGAAUGAAGUAGUUAUCUCUUCUGAAACCGGAUCACAGAUCUUGUAAGUUCCCAUGGUUGUGUUAUAUAUACAAAGAAAUGCUUUUACUGGACUUUUUUCUUCUGACCUGUUUUGGUGUAGUGUAAAUUGUAUUAAUCCAUAAUUUUAGUAUUAAUAAUGUUGAGCACAAUUGUAUAUAUACAUUGAUUGAUUUUUUGGCAUGCUAGAUUAGAUUCCACUUUCA